CUCUCACACACACACACACACACACACAGCCUCACAGCGCGCGCGCGAGACAGAGACAGAGACAGAGCGAGAGCGCGUGUGUGUGCGCUCGCGGUAAACGGGCCGCGGCUUCGCUCGGACAUCACACGCGCGCGCACAAAGAGGAGCGGCGCGUGGAUGUUAGCGUUUCCCUCCAGAGCAGCUCUCCAAGUGGCUCGUGAGUGUUGGGCAGCAUGAGACUCCUUGUGCUGCCGUGAUCAGAGCCAGACGAGAGAUGAACCACUCCGGCCUCUUCCUCUUCCUCCUCUGUGCGCUGCCGUGCGCCCUGACCACCACAGACAAGAGUGUGGUCAGCAAAGAGGAAUAUUACAGUGCCACGGUGAACGCCACAGUGCUGGACAGCAGGGGCAACCCAAAGCGGCUGAUAUCCAAAGACGACGGCCGGUACGGGCAGAACUCACCCAAAGCCGAGGCCAAAGGGAUUGUAGUGACGCCUGUAGCCGUCAAUGGGGUUGUGGACAUGCAAGGCUGUUGUCCAUACACCCGUUUUAUGGUUCCGCCAAAGACCACGCACUGGGUGGCCCUACUACAGAGGGGGAAAUGCACGUUUAAGGAGAAGAUCCUGAAGGCUGCUGCUUUCAAUGCCUCUGCUGUGCUAAUCUACAACAACAGCUCCAAAGAGGACACUGUCACGAUGGCCCACGAAGGAACCGGAGACACAGUAGCUGUAAUGAUCACAGAGUCAUUUGGGAAGGAGAUCCUAUCUAUGCUGGAGCGGAAUGAGACGAUAUUGGUGUCAGUGAUGGUGGGUCAGCGCGGUCCACCCAAGAACAUGAACCGCGGAUCCCUGGUGUUUGUCUCCAUCUCCUUCAUUGUCUUGAUGAUCAUCUCUUCUGCAUGGCUGAUCUUCUACUUCAUCCAGAAGAUCAGAGACACCAGCGCCCGGGACCGCAGCCAGCGACGACUUGGGGAUGCUGCCAAGAAGGCCAUCAGUAAGCUGACCACCCGGACAGUAAAGAGAGGGGACAAGGAAACGGACCCUGAUUUCAAUCACUGUGCCGUGUGCAUAGAAGGCUACCAGCUAAACGACGUGGUCCGCAUUCUACCAUGCAAGCAUGUCUUCCAUAAGAUGUGUGUGGACCCCUGGUUGAAUGAGCACUGUACUUGUCCAAUGUGUAAACUCAACAUCCUCAAAGCUCUGGGCAUCAUGCCCAACCUGCCAUGUGUGGAUAACGUGGCAUUUGAUAUGGAGCAUGUGUCACGCAGUCAGAGUUCCAGUCAGCGGGGGGCGCUGGUGGACCUAUCGGAGAGCGUCAGUCUGGAGCCGCUGCGGCUCUCCAACUCCACCCAACUGCCCUCCGACUCCGAAAUGACCACCCGCAGCGACAUCAACAUUGCAGUGACCAGUAGCCAUUUCUUCAGCCGGAGCUCUGGCUCCCCCCGCAGCGUGGUGUGUGAGAUGGAGCUUCCUGAUAUCCAGGCGUCUCUGGACAUGUAUGAUGAGAACAAGUCAUGAGGACACGCCUCCUUGUGACCUUUUCGCCCCCCUGUGCCCUUCCCAAGUCCCAGCCUGAGGGGGCAAAUACUUUCCUACUGAAACCAGAAGUUUGGACAAUGACAACAAUGACAAUGGCGACUGAUUUUACUGUUGGAGAAUGUACUUCUGACCAGAGGGUUUGGGCUGGACAUGAAAACCCUCCUUAUACUUCCAGACCUUUUUUCUUUCUCUCUUUGACGUUCUCAGACUCUCUUUUUAGAGAGUUUGUUCAUUUCUUUGCUCUUUUCGAUUCUGCUGCUGUUGUCUGACUGAACCUGUUCCAUGUACGUUCUCUGCUAAUUGUUUUUAAUGUCUGAUUGCGUAUUUGGUUGUGACGGACAGUCUGGACUGGAGGACAGAUACAUGAGCCACUUUCGUAGCUAAAAGCUUCUGAACUCUUCCUCUAUGUGAUGUGAGCUAAAUGCAGUUUACUGUCCUUCGUGCUGACCAAAUUAGCACUCAAAAUGAAACUUCUAAAGACAAAUCAGCAUUUCUUCCCUUGUAGAACAAAAAAGUAUUUCUCUGUAUAUAGAAAAAGCGUUUUAAACCUGUAUCUAAUGACAAGCCUGGAAUAACUACACCGAGUUCUACUCAGUCCUUUAUAAAGGGGACCUAAUAUAUACACAGUAUGCCCAAAAGUGUCUAGACAACCCUGAUAAUUAAUGGAUUCUGGUACCUCAAGGGGCGACCACUGGUAAGAGCAAUGUAAUCUGUACAGAAAGGCAUUGGCCAUAGAGUAGAACGUUCUAGAGAGGUCACAUACAAGCCUUUGAUCUCUAUAAGCAAUGCCAAGUGUCUAGAGAGGUCUGAGGUCUAACAGUGAAAGGAGCUGCAGCUCUGUUGAAGACCAUUGGAAUGAGUUGGAGCUCUGUCAAACCCCUUUGGGAUGAGUUGGAAUGCUGUUGAAGACCUUUGGAAUGAGCUGGAGCUCUGUCGAACCCCUUUGGAAUGAGUUGGAGCUCUGUUGAAGACCCUUGGGAUGAGUUGGAGCUCUGUCAAACCCCUUUGGGAUGAGUUGGAGCUCUGUCAAACCCCUUUGGGAUGAGUUGGAGCACUGUUGAAGCCUUUGGAAUGAGUUGGAGCUCUGUCUAACCACUUUUGGAUGAGUUAGAGCUCUGUCAAACCCCUUUGGGAUGAGUUUAAUUUAGAGCUCCACUGGCCACCGUUGGGAUGAGUAUGAGUGUUGUGAAGCUCCAUUUGAGAGGUUUGGGAUAUGUUAGAGCUCCACUGACCACAUUUGGAAUGAAUUGGAGUGAUGAAGCUCCAUUGUAGGUGCUUGAGGAAAGCCAGAGUGAUGGAGAUCCAUUAUACACAUCUGGGUUGAGUUGAAUUGCUGAAAUUCCAUUGAAGAUCUUUGGGAUGCCACUCAACUGACCUUCGUCACUCAAUACUGUACCAAGAACUUCAGUGGAGCGCCAUAAAAGUUCUUGGGAUGAUAUUGAGUAAUGAAGCUCAGCUGAACACUUUUGUAACGAUGGGGUGCCAUUUGUGAUCCACACUGCAAACAAAGUGAUAUAUUGACAACUAAAAGCAUCUUUAAUGUUGGUAAUAUAACUAAUAUUUAUCAUUAUAUUGAGAUGGAAGAGCUUUGCAAAUGUAUAAAAGUAAAAAUGUAUUUUUUCAAUUGGUUGAAUAAUCGUAUAUUAUUCUUAGGAUAGUGAAAUAAUAAGAAAAAUUAGUAGACGUUUGAAAUGGUUUCACUUCCAAAUAUAUUUUUUGCAGAACUGGUCAUCCAGCCUCAGUACUGGACCUCACGAACUCUCUUUUGGCUGCCGUCAAAUCCUCACAGCAAUGAUCCAACAUCUAAUCAAGGCUUUCCAGCAGAGUACUGUUACUGCAGCAAAGGGGGACAAAUUCGCUAUUAAUAGCCUCAUUUCAGAAGAAAAACAAGCAUAAACAGAUGUCUGGAUACUUUUAGACAUAAAGUGUAUAUGAAUAUAUCCAGUAUUUGCAUAUAUAUAUAUAUAUAUAUAUAUAUAUAUAUACACAUAUAUAUAUAUAUAUAUAUAUAUACACAUAUAUACAUACAUACAUAUAUACAUACAUAUACAUACAUACAUACAUACAUAUAUAUAUAUAUGUGUGUGUGUAUGUAUAUAUAACACAUCUAUACAUUCAUAUAUAUCUCUCAAGUGACCUCUUAGCACUGUUUGUCUCUCCUGGACCUUGUCGCUUGUACUCUUUGGUCUCUUGUGUCUGGUUUGUUUUUUUUUUUGUUGUUUUUUUGUUUUUGUUUUUUUUUUUGUAUUUUGAGGGUGAAGAUCUGUGAUCACAAAGCAGCCUCACAGUCAGGGAACUGAUUCUGGGUCACUAUAGCUUUUUUUUCUUUCUUCCAGACAGGUACAAUCAGUAGGGGUGGGGGGAUGGGGGUUAGUAAUCGUGACCCAGGGUUGGUGCUGUGCUCUGGGGCACUCUGUGGGAGCAGGUCCUGCUUUGUGUCGGUGGUGGAAAUGGACGACCUGUGUUACAUUCUGCCUCAGCAUUAAAACUUGUCAUAAUUGC